UGUGGCUAUCUUCUGCCCAUUCAUCAUCUCAAAAAGACCGGAAGCGAACGGAUCACCACUCGUCCACAUGGGAAACCACAGCAACGCAACGUGCCAAGAACCAAACGGACAUGAAUUAGCCUCAAUGUUAGCCUCAGCGAUGGCCGAAGACCCUACUGUGGUCGAAAGCACACGAGCCCUGUUUCAGACACCCCUCGGCACGUCUUCGGCCGAAACGAUCCUUCGAAAUUACGAGUUCAACCUAACAACGCAUCUACACGAUGUAUCGGAAUGUCCUCGAUAUCUUCUCAACGCUAUAGAUUACGCCAUAGAAAGUAGAUCGUUAUGUCCAUGGCGUUAUGUUCUUCAAAGCGACACUGAAAGGUAUCCAAGGGACAUUCUCGUUGUGCAGUGUGAGUGCAAGGAGUGCGUAAUCCCAGAAUUAGGAACGUUUUCAUCUUACAAAGCUCGAUGCCACCCUGUAAUUAAAGGCCAACAAGUCUUAAGACGCACCGGACAGUGUAUUGAUGGUGUUGAAAGGUACGAGCGACAGUUCGAGCCGAUCCCUGUAGCAUGUGUGUGUGAAAAAUCCAGAAUAUUUCUUGGUACGCACAAUGUGUAUACAUCUUAAGAGGUGGAAGAUUUUGUAGGCUCACUAUAGAGUACUUAAAUGUGACGUCAUCAAAUUUCCAUUUGGGAUUUCAGCAUUUUCGAUAC